CCAGGCAAGGGCCCAGCCUGGCCAGCUGGAGCGGAUUUGGGGGAAGGAGGAAAAUGGGGGCUCCCAACCCCUCUCCAGCUUCCCUCCGCCGCCCUCCCUGAUUGGCUGUGCGUCCCUGGAGCCCAACUUCAGUCGCUCCAGACUACAUCUGAGCCCCGAGGGAGUCGGAGCGUCGCGCCUCGGGGCGGGAGGGGCGGCCACGAAUCCAAGGGUUGGAAUUGCUGGGCCCCGGGGGGAGGGGCGCGGACCAGGUCUGCCCCCGCAGCCUUUGCGAGGCCCAUCUCGCUGCGUCUCGCAGCCUCGGCUCCUCUCAGCCCCCGCCCUUUCCUCCCCUCCCAGAGGCGGCCUCCCUCCUCCCGCCCCCCCCCACCCGCCCGCCACCUCCCCCCGGUUUCUCAUUCCUGCCACUAGCGCGCUCGGCGGCUCAUUCCGCGGCCGCCGCCAGCCGAGGGGAACGUCGCGGGCCGAGGAGCAGAUGCCGCGGGGGCCGCUAGCAGCCGCCGCUGACUUGUGAAUGGGACCGGGACUGGGGCCGGGGCUGACACCGCAGCGCUCGCCCUGCGCCAGGGACAGGCGGCCCGGAGGUUGCGUCCACCCGCAAGGGCCCCAGGGCUGUUGGCAGUGCCAGGGAUGAGGAGCCGCCUCUCCGGCCGUCCAGAACAAAGCUGGGCCGAGCCCUCUCACGGUCCUGUGGCCCUUGGUGUCCCCACGUGAGAUGUCCCAAGAUUGAAGAGAGAAGGUGCCUCUGGGCGAUGGCAUCCCCAAGGCUGGAAUCUGCAUCUCAAGGAAGUCCCUCGGUGGCCAGCUGCUGCACCGUGACCUUUGUGAUGGUGGAGUGAGUAGGCACUGGAAUUAAUAAGCCUGGCAUCUCCAUCUGCCAGCCUGAACGUAGGUGCCAGUUACUAUUGCCCAGCACAGAUGAGGGACGGGAACGGUGGCGCAUAGAUCCAGGCAAAGGGGAUCGGCUUUUGUGGACACAAGCUUGAGCCUGGUUGCUGCUGCCAGAGCCAUGGCUCAACGGCUUGGCCUGAACUGUUGAUCCGAAUGUCAGGAGUUUCCAAAAGUUUGUUCCGGUCUAUCUUUGAGAGAAAUAGCAUGGACUGGAUCCCAUCGCCAGAUUGUGGUGUCUGGGGACACGCGCUUGGGGCACUAUUUCCAUCUUCUGUCUUUGUCUGAUCUCCUCCUCAUUAAAUCUUCCUCGGUCUGUGGAGCUGACUACCAAUUGGUGCCUGACCUAGUUACAGAGAGUCACUACGUAACCCCUUACUCAUCAUCAUAAAUGGAUCAUAACGAAAUCACUGUGUUUUCGGCUCAGUGGCCCUGUGACAUUCCUUCCAGUUGUCAUUUGUUGAGUGACCAAUCAGAUGGGUGGAGUGUGUUACAGAAAUUGGCAGCAAGUAUCCAAUGGGUGAAGAUGAAGCUGACUGGGGACGUGGGCAGGCCUGACGUGAUGAGCUCAGCCAGCAGAGACAUUCCAUUCCAAGAGAGGUCUGCGUGACUCAUCCGGGAGGCCACCUCUGCAAGACCACCCCACGGUUGGUGGAAGGGGUGACAGCUGCAUUCUCCUGUGCCUACCACGUAACCAAAAAUGAAGGAGAACUACUGUUUACAAGCCGCCCUGGUGUGCCUGGGCAUGCUGUGCCACAGCCAGGCCUUUGCCUCGGAGCGGCGGGGCCACCUGCGGCCCUCCUUCCAUGGGCACCAUGAGAAGGGCAAGGAGGGGCAGGUGCUACAGCGCUCCAAGCGUGGCUGGGUCUGGAACCAGUUCUUCGUGAUAGAGGAGUACACUGGGCCUGACCCCGUACUUGUGGGCAGGCUUCAUUCGGAUAUUGACUCUGGUGAUGGGAACAUUAAAUACAUUCUCUCAGGUGAAGGAGCUGGAACCAUUUUUGUGAUUGAUGAUAAAUCAGGGAACAUUCAUGCCACCAAGAAGUUGGAUCGAGAAGAGAGAGCCCAGUACACAUUGAUGGCUCAGGCAGUGGACAGGGACACCAACCGGCCACUGGAGCCACCGUCAGAAUUCAUUGUCAAGGUCCAGGACAUUAACGACAACCCUCCGGAGUUCCUGCAUGAGACCUAUCACGCCAACGUGCCUGAGAGGUCCAAUGUGGGAACGUCAGUAAUCCAGGUGACAGCUUCAGAUGCAGAUGACCCCACCUACGGAAAUAGUGCCAAAUUAGUGUAUAGUAUCCUCGAAGGACAACCCUAUUUUUCUGUGGAAGCACAGACAGGUAUCAUCAGAACGGCCCUACCCAACAUGGACAGGGAGGCCAAGGAGGAGUACCAUGUGGUGAUACAGGCCAAGGACAUGGGUGGACACAUGGGCGGACUCUCAGGGACAACCAAAGUCACGAUCACACUGACCGAUGUCAAUGAUAACCCACCAAAGUUUCCGCAGAGUGUAUACCAGAUGUCUGUGUCAGAAGCAAGCGUCCCCGGGGAGGAGGUGGGAAGAGUGAAAGCUAAAGACCCAGACAUUGGAGAAAAUGGCUUAGUCACAUACAGUAUUGUUGAUGGAGAUGGUAUGGAAUUGUUUGAAAUCACAACGGACUAUGAAACACAGGAGGGCGUGAUAAAGCUGAAAAAGCCUGUAGAUUUUGAAACCAAAAGAGCCUAUAGCUUGAAGGUAGAGGCAGCCAAUAUGCACAUCGACCAGAAGUUUAUCAGCAAUGGGCCUUUCAAGGACACUGUGACUGUCAAGAUUGCAGUGGAAGAUGCUGACGAGCCCCCUAUGUUCUUGGCCCCAAGUUACAUCCACGAAGUCCAAGAAAAUGCAGCUGCCGGCACCGUGGUUGGGAGAGUGCAUGCCAAAGACCCUGAUGCUGCCAACAGCCAGAUAAGGUAUUCCAUCGAUCGUCACACUGACCUCGACAGAUUUUUCACUAUUAAUCCAGAGGAUGGUUUUAUUAAAACUACAAAACCUCUGGAUAGAGAGGAAACAGCCUGGCUCAACAUCACUGUCUUUGCAGCAGAAAUCCAUAAUCGGCAUCAGGAAGCCAAAGUCCCAGUGGCCAUUAGGGUUCUUGAUGUCAAUGAUAAUGCUCCCAAGUUUGCUGCCCCUUAUGAAGGUUUCAUCUGUGAGAGUGAUCAGACCAAGCCACUUUCCAACCAGCCAAUUGUUACAAUUAGUGCAGAUGACAAGGAUGACACGGCCAAUGGACCAAGAUUUAUCUUCAGCCUACCCCCUGAAAUCAUUCACAAUCCAAAUUUCACAGUCAGAGACAACCGAGAUAACACAGCAGGCGUGUAUGCCCGGCGUGGAGGCUUCAGUCGGCAGAAGCAGGACUUGUACCUCCUGCCCAUAGUUAUCAGUGAUGGUGGCAUCCCGCCCAUGAGUAGCACCAACACCCUCACCAUCAAAGUCUGCGGGUGCGACGUGAACGGGGCACUGCUCUCCUGCAACGCAGAGGCCUACAUCCUGAACGCCGGCCUGAGCACGGGUGCCCUGAUCGCCAUCCUCGCCUGCAUCGUCAUUCUCCUGGUCAUCGUAGUAUUGUUUGUGACCCUGAGAAGGCAAAAGAAAGAACCACUCAUUGUCUUUGAGGAAGAAGAUGUCCGUGAGAACAUCAUUACUUACGAUGAUGAAGGGGGUGGGGAAGAAGACACAGAAGCCUUUGAUAUCGCCACCCUCCAGAAUCCUGAUGGUAUCAAUGGAUUUAUCCCCCGCAAAGACAUCAAACCUGAGUAUCAGUACAUGCCUAGGCCUGGGCUCCGGCCAGCGCCCAGCAGCGUGGAUGUUGAUGACUUCAUCAACACAAGAAUACAAGAGGCAGACAAUGACCCCACGGCCCCUCCUUAUGACUCCAUUCAAAUCUAUGGUUAUGAAGGUAGGGGCUCAGUGGCCGGGUCCCUGAGCUCCCUAGAGUCAGCCACCACAGAUUCAGACUUGGACUAUGAUUAUCUACAGAACUGGGGACCUCGUUUUAAGAAACUAGCAGACUUAUAUGGUUCCAAAGACACUUUUGAUGACGAUUCUUAACAAUAACGAUACAAAUUUGGCCUUAAGAACUGUGGCGUUCUCAAGAAUCUAGAAGAUGUGUAAACAGGUAUUUUUUUAAAACAAGGAAAGGCUCAUUUAAAACAGGCAAAGUUUUACAGAGAGGACACAUUUAAUAAAACUGCGAGGACAUCAAAGUGGUAAAUACUGUGAAAUACCUUUUCUCACAAAAAGGCAAAUAUUGAAGUUGUUUAUCAACUUCACUAGGGAAAAAAAACACUUGGCAUACAAAAUAUUUAAGUGAAGGAGAAGUCUAAUGGUGAACUGACAAUGAAGGGAAAUCGUUUAUGUGUUAUGAACAUCUAAGUCUUUCUUCUUUUUUAAGUUGUCAAAGAAGCUUCCACAAAAUUAGAAAGGACAACAGUUCUGAGCUGUAAUUUCGCCUUAAACUCUGGACACUCUAUACGUAGUGCAUUUUUAAACUUGAAAUAUAUACUAUUCAGCCAGCUUAAACCCAUACAAUGUACGUACAAUACAAUGUACAAUUAUGUCUCUUGAGCAUCAAUCUUGUUACUGCUGAUUCUUGUAAAUCUUUUUGCUUCUACUUUCAUCUUAAACUAAUACGUGCCAGAUAUAACCGUCUUGUUUCAGUGAGAGACGCCCUAUUUCUAUGUCAUUUUUAAUGUAUCUAUUUGUACAAUUUUAAAGUUCUUAUUUUAGUAUACAUACAAAUAUCAGUAUUCUGACAUGUAAGAAAAUGUUACGGCAUCACACUUAUAUUUUAUGAACAUUGUACUGUUGCUUUAAUAUGAGCUUCAAUAUAAGAAGCAACCUUUGAAAUAAAAAAAGAUUCUUUUUUAA